GUCAUGCAUCAUGCAUGGCUGAUUUGAAACCAGCAGCACAGCUGACAUGCCCGCACUGAUGUAGCGCGCGUUUCGUGCCAUGGUUUGGAGGAAAUUGCGUCGAGGAUUUCUACUUUUACUCCCUUUUUACGCUUGUUUGGUAUUUAUUGGAUUUUUUUCAUUUCUUUGGUCGCGUACAAAAACGCCAUAUCAACAAUAUCCGAAUUCUCGCGCUGUCCUCUUGAUUGAACCGGUUUCACUGGUAAAUCUUACUUUCAAUUCCUCCAAUAUUCCUGGAGUGUUGAAUCUACACGUGUGGAACGACUUGUGCGGUUUAGACGUGGAUCGCCUCCGUGAAACUCCACUCUUUCCCCGCUAUCCACAUGAGAGAUUAUUCUUGAGAAGUUUUCACACUGUGCGGGAUUUUGCUGGCUACGGCCAGAGAAUUUUUGGCUUCAUUGAACCGAAAGCUUCCGGGCUUUACACAUUCGCCGUCUCGUCGGACGAUACAUCAGAGUUGUGGCUCAGUUUCGAUGAAAACUCGCACAAUAUUCGUCUAAUAGCGAGCGUUUUCUCUCCCACAGAAAGUGCCUGGACAGACGAAGGAGAUUUCUGGAAAUAUCCAACACAGCUAUCUCGUAAUAUCCGCUUGGUUGCCCGUCAAAGAUAUUUUGUGGAAGCUCUGCACAAGCAAGGAGGUGGAAAUGGUCGUAUACAAGUUUAUUGGAGGAAGCCAGGCUCUGUAAAACUCGAAGCUAUCACGGGGGAGUAUUUACGCUCGUAUUGUGAUGACAGAAAGCUAUACACUGGUAAGCUUAAAUUUCCGGAAGAAGGACUCGAAGCGCUCACAUGGACGCCCAGUCACGUUAAACAAAGAAAAUAUAAAGGGUUGAAUCUGAGCAGUCAGUUUAACUAUACCUCUCUUCCCUUCAUCGACCAUAAUGUAGUAAAUGGGAUGUUAAAGUCGUGUUAUUACAAACCGAGUUAUAUUAUUGAAAGAAACUUAAGCCGUUAUGAAGGAGUGAAUCUUGUACACGAGUCUUUUGUUUACCCCAUCGAUAACACCUAUUUACAUCGAGCGUUCGUCCCGUGGUCAGAAGGGAAUAAACUCGUCAAUAAUCAAACAGUGAAAGACGUGGUUGGAAAAUUUAUGGCAAACUUACAGAUUUUGCAAAGGGGAUACUACCUGCAAAAUGUCCUUAAUGUUGAGCAGAACCCAGAUCUUAAGAAUGGAAAUCGUUUCCUUCUUGAACUUCAAUUAGGUGUCCAUGGAUCAAAUGAAAGCUUUCGUCUCUCAGAAUAUGUUUAUGCUCCAAGUGGCAAGGAUGAACUCUGUUUUCCAGAAGGAAUGGUAUGGCAGAGAAAUGCAACCAUUUACUUUAUACUCCCUGUGAAAAACCAGGGCAAAUGGGUGCAUCACUUUGCAUCUCAACUUGCAAACAUGUCUCGUCAGACUGGCGACUUAGGAUUCCAUGUUAUUAUUGUGGAUUUUGACAGUGAUGACAUUGACAUUGAUGAAGUUUUCAGUGUGUGGUCUCUUCAAGAGCGUUAUACACUAAUCAAGUUGAGUGGACUUUUUCAUAAGACACUGGCGAUUCAAAAGGCUGUCAAGGCUGUUCCACAUGAUGAUGAUAUAGUAUUUUUAUUUGACCUUCAUAUUGAUGUUCCUAUAGGACUGUUGGAUAGCGUAAGGAAGCACACCAUUUUAGGCAAGAUGGUAUAUGCACCAGCUGUUGGCCGUCUGGAAUGUGGAGAGUUUCCAAGUGAUCCCCGUGGUUUUUGGCAGGAGAAUGGUUAUGGGAUUUUAAGUGUUUUCAAAGAGGACUGGGAUAGAUUUGGAGGGAUGAAUGUGAAAGACUUCACCACCAAAUGGGGAGGUGAAGACUGGGACCUGAUUGAUCGGGUGUUUUCAGUACAGCUAGAAAUUGAAAGACUGAAACAGCCUGGCUUGUUUCACUACUAUCACUCUCAUAAGGGAAUGUGGCAUUGAAAUAAGAUUCUAGAGAUGCACUGGAUGAUUUCUUGUAUUAGCUCAAGAGCUGGAUAAGAGCAUUUUGCUCUGUUUAGACUUGGGAGCUGCAAAAGCUGAUCUCGGAGUGAGAAAUAUUCCCGG